CAUAUUUCUGUUGCUAAGAUGUACCUCCGGAUCCUCCUAGCCUGUGCGACGUGCGCGUGUGCCGUCUCGGCCCAGAGGUACGAGGCCCUGGGCGUGCUGCGGCCGGCGAGGGCGAAGAGCCUGGGCGAGCAUGAGAACGUGGUGGCGGCGACCAUCGACAUCCUGCCCGAGGUUGCCAAGACCAUGACAGAUCUGACCAGCAAGAUGACUCGCUCUCAGGCCGACCCCUUCGACUCGCAGAACAUUUUCGAGGUCCUGAUGGCGUUCAUGCCCGUGACCCGCAGGAUCCUGUUCGCCGUGGCCAAGGCCGAGGGCCGGACCGUGACCGAGAAGGAGCUGAAGAGGCUGGACCGCGCCGAGAAGAUCCUUCCCUCCGCCUUCAAGUUCAUGCUCAGGAUUCAGGGCAGCGACUUCUUCGGCUUCGAUACCCCCGACGGCGAGAGGGCCUCGACGGGGGACACUGGCUCCCUCGCCGACGCCAAAGUGAGCGGGUCCUUCGUCCAGAUGCCCCACUCGAGAGGGAUGUUUGUCCACCACGGGUAGGCGGAAGGCAGACGCAGACGGAGACGUAGGGGGAGAAGCAGAAGACACGGAGUCAAGAGGAGGAGAAGUAGCCAAAGGGGCUGUGAAGGAGAAUCAAAAUUUUCGAAAAGGAAAAGGGGGAGGAAGAAGCACACGGAGUGGGAGGACCACAUCGAGGACACGAGACAAGGAAAAAUACAAUAGAUUGAAGUAGUAUUAUUUAUGAUAAUAUCAGAACAACAACCGAUAUAUGAAGAAGAGGGCGAAGUGGCUAAUGACAACAGAAAGAUCGCUUCGAAGCCUCAUAAACAUCUCCUUUUGCCGUAUUUGUCAUAAGUAAUAAUUCUUUCACCACGACGAACUGAUGUAUAGCACAUGCACAUUUCAUUAGACGCUGUAAAUCUCUUCUUUUUCUUCCUUUAUUACUGUGUAAAUAUGAUAUGUUUCCCUUAAAUCAUUCCGAAAAAUACUACACCUCAUCAUGAGCAUAAAUAAAGAAUGUAAACAAAG